AUGGCGGCUUCCCUUCUUCUCAACCGUAUUUCGCGAUCAAGCAGCAGCUCAAUCUCUCUCCAUCGGGUCUCAGGAGCUCUGGGUUUCAAUUCCCUUUCUGCUCAUGGAACACUCUUUCGAGGUAGCCCUUUUCUGAUUCUAUUCACUCUCUCUUCUUCUGUAAAUAAAUAUUCCAACUUUGUGACAUUUUCGGAUUUUCCAUCACCGUCUCUUCCCAUUUGUUUACCCAAAGUCUUUCUGUUAGCUACAACAGCUAGUGACACUACUCCCCAGAGGUCACUGGCUACUCUUGCCGAAGGAGCUUCUCAUUUUGAUGAGAUGGUAUCUGUGAACCAACGAAAGUAUUACCUUCUUGGCGGUAAAGGAGGUGUCGGAAAAACGAGCUGUGCUGCUUCUCUCGCGGUUAAGUUUGCUAGCCACGGUCAUCCGACCAUCGUGGUUUCAACUGACCCUGCUCACUCCCUCAGUGAUUCCUUUUCACAGGACUUGUCAGGAGGAGUUCUUAAGCCGGUUCAAGGUCUUGAUUCUCCGCUUCUUGCUCUCGAGAUAACACCUGAGAGAAUGAAGGAAGAGAUUAAGAGUCAGACGGGUGAUAAAAGCGUUAAAAACAUGAUGGAUAGUAUGGGGCUAGGAAUGUUUGCAGGCGAGUUAGGGGACUUAAAUCUUGAAGAUAUGCUCAAUGCUGCAUCACCUGGUAUUGACGAAAUUGCAGCUAUUUCCAAGGCACGUAUAUCUCUUUUCCAGGUUCUUCAGUUUAUGGAGUCACCAGAAUACAGUAGGUUCACGCGUAUAGUUUUCGAUACUGCUCCCACGGGACAUACUUUGCGGCUUCUUUCUCUGCCCGAUUUCUAUGAUUCAUCCAUUAGCAAAAUAACAAAGCUCAAGAAGAAGAUUACUGCAGCAGCUUCAGCCUUUAAGUCGGUCUUUGGUAAAAAGGAGAUACAACAACAAGAACCAUCCAGUGAGCUGGACCAAUUGAGAGAGAGAAUGGAGAAAGUUCGAAAUGUUUUCCGUAAUGUGGACACUACUGAGUUUGUCAUUGUAACCAUCCCAACGGUUAUGGCAAUAAACGAGUCUUCGAGGUUACAUGCAUCUUUAAGAAAAGAAAAUGUGCCAGUUCACAGGCUUAUUGUUAAUCAGCUUCUACCAGAAUCUGAAUCCGACUGCAAAUUUUGCUCCAUGAGACGAAAGGAACAAACGCGCGUGCUCGGAAUUAUUCAGAACGAUACAGAACUUUCCGGGUUAAAAUUGAUCCAGUCCCCAUUGCUAGAUGCAGAAAUAAGAGGGGUUCCAGCACUUAAGUUCAUGGGUGAUCUCAUUUGGAAAUAA